GAGUCCUUCUCUUUUACCAGCGGCGCGAGCCUUCUCCCCGUCUGAGGCUCGAUUGGGAGCAUGGGGCCGUCUCUUUCCCAGGCGAGCAGCAGUGAUGCCGUUCAGGGGCCCCCCAAUGCAGAGACGCCUCAGCCUUGGGGGAACCCUAAAGCUGCCACAGCCCUGGAGGAAGCGCAGCAGCAGCAGCAACAGCUCUUCUUUAUUAAAGGUGGAGUUUUUCUUGCUACUGUUGCUACUGCGGGAAUUCUAGCUGGUUUUGGGACCACACUUGCCAUGGCCAAAAAGAAAAGCCCCAACUGGUUCAAUAAGGGUGUAGCUGCUACAGCUGCUUUACCAGAGAGUGGUGCGUCACUUGCCUUACGAGCCCUAGGAUGGGGUUCGCUGUAUGCCUGGUGUGGAGUGGGACUGAUCAGUUUUGUUGCCUGGAAGGCUCUGGGCGUUCACAGCAUGAAUGAAUUUCGGAACAAAAUUCAAUCUGUAUUUCCAUCAAUUCCCAAAAAUGCAGAGCACCCAGUUGAAUGGGAGGACAUACUGAAAUCCAAGUGAUCGGCAUGUGGAGGCACUUAGAUUUGAGCCUCUAAAAUCGCUAAAGACUGAAGUACUGUAUGUAUGAAAAUGUGCUGCUGUGAAGACUGGGGAAGAAAGAAUCAUUGUCAGUUGGAUGCACCACAAUGAAACUUUCGUUUACUCAAACUAAAAUUUGCUCUUUGAUUGUGGUUAUUACAUCCACUUGUGGUAUGAGCUGUAACAAUGUAGAUGAAGUGAGGCUGGAAAACAGUAUGAAGACGUGAGCUCAGUAUGUUUCAGCUAAACAAAAGAGGCAAAUCUCAGUGGUAAAUAUCUGUAUUACAGCUUGUGUAUGUUAGUCUUUUGGAAGAGUGCAGAUCAAAGGCACAGGCUGCCACUCCGUUGUUUAUUUAGGGCAGAAGGCUACUGCAAGCAGGCGAGCUGAUGGGUAACUACACCUUCCACCUAACAAUGGUGUUAGAAAGGCAAUUACAAAAACUAUCAGAUGAGAACAUCCACCGGCUGUGUUAGCGCCAGCCACCAAAAGCCACCAAAGACUCAGUACAAGGGAUUUUAAAUCAAAAGGUAACCAGCUGAAAGAAAAAAGAAUUAAAAGGGACCACAACCUUGCUAUAAGAGUGUGGGCUGAAAGGAAGCAAAAUCUGCUUCCCUGACCCAAGCACUAACAGUCUCCUGUAUUGCGUUGACAGCAAUUACUGAACUAUUUUGCCUCCUGCCAAUCAAAGAGCAUA